AGAAAAAAAAGACAACCAACCACCACCAUGAAGAAGCAACUCAGCAGACUCAUCAAAAACCAACUCAAACUCAACCAAACACUAAAAACCAAAAACAACAACAACCUACUCCUACUCAAACCUCAAACAUCGAAAAACACCAUCUCAUUCAUCGGAUCAAAACUAGCAAACACCAUCAACAGCAUCACCAACAACAACUGGACCAACCUAGACAUCAAACACACUCACACCAACUGGAAAACAAACCCACUCAGAACAACAACAACAACUGAACAUCCACUCAACGCACAACUCAUCAUCAUCGUAUUCGACCCAAUCACCGAAUACCAUCUGCUCAAACAACAGCUCACUCUCAUCAAGAACAUCCACCAACCCCUCCUCAUCCUCCUCGACUCCCCCAUCCCUGCCAACCUCCUCAAACCGAUCCUCUUCCAAAACGAACCAUUUCUGGCACUCAACCACAACAACACGAUCUUCUUCAUCGACUCCCAAGCCGCACUCGACGCCAUCCAUCACUUCGAUCAUGAUACUCAAGCGGCCAUCGAUCGGAUCCGCAACUCCGGCUUGCUCGAGCUUCGACAGGCUAUCCACACCGCUCUCCAGCCCCCACCUUCUUCCUCUGCUCAACAGAAAGAUCCUCCGAAUCGGCUCAGACCGGCGCUCUCGCUCGCCGAACUCGCUCUCGAUCUUGCCGAGGACAAGGUGCUCUCGAUCGUCGAGGAGACUCAGACGGCGUCAGCCAGACUUGCGCAGUACCAUCGCCGGCUCCAACGGCUCCAGAAUCUCGCCCGAUCGGUCCAAGGCCCGGGUUCUUCGGAACCGUCUUCGCUGAAGAAGCUGCUCAUCUCUCGUCUGGGCUUCUUCAGAUCCCUCUUCUCCUCCGAUCUCGUCGGAACUCGAGCUUCCAUCAUCUUGGACCAACUCUAUCUAGACCAAAUCGAGAAAAACCUGAUUUUUCAAGCGGGUCAGAUCCAGAUAAUCAAGCAAAGAGCGGACGAGGUGAUCGGGGAGCUUCUGCGAGACCCGAUCCUAGCCCGAUACCGGACGGAGACGAUGGUCAAUGACGUCCUACGAUCCCGGGCCACCGAUCACGAUCUCUUCCUGCUCGACCAACAACAUGAUGUUUCAAGUGAGAGAGAGAAAGGGAAAGAGAAGAUCCAGAUAGGAUCUGUCCGGAUCUUCGAGCAACACAAAACCAGACUCCUGGGCCCCGGCGGGCCGGUCCAAGCUCUCCAAACCAAGGCGACUCGAAUGAGCCUCAAUACGGUCUUCUUGGGGCUCGGCAUCGCCGCCCUCUCGCUCGCCUCCCAUCCGCCUCUCCUCCUCCUCCUCCCCACACUUCCCUCCCCUCUUCCCUCCCUCCCUUCUCCAGCCCUCCCCGCUUUCCUCGCCCUCGCCGCGCUCUCGUUCGCCCAGAAAUCUUGGUCCAAAUCCGUCCGCUCGUUCGUUCAAGAUCUCGACCGCUGGAAUCACAACCUUCAUCAUCAUCUUCUCGAGUAUCAGCAACGAGUCGGUGAACGGAUCUUCCUGCUUUCGACCUCUUCUUCUUCUUCUUCUUCUUCUUCUUCUUCCUCGACGACGACGACGACGACGACGGCUUCGGAACCCACUGGCACCACCACCGCCUCCGAAAUCGGCAACCAUCCAUCAUCUAAUCAAGAAGAUCAAGUCCAGCAGCAAGAUGUGGAUCUGAUCCAAGCGAUCCGAGACAACAUCCACGCUCGAUUGAAUGUCCCUGUAGCUGAAACAGACCAAGAAGAUGAAGAUGAUAAAGAUGAUGAUGAUGAUGAUGAUGAUGAGCAAGAUGAUGAACAGCAACAAGAUGACGAUGAUGAUGAUGGAACGUUGGAAUCUACGCCUUCUGGUACUUCUUCCACUGUUAAUUUGGUCGACUGGGUCCGCCAGUUACGCCGCCGUCUCGAAUCUCUUAAACCAGACCUCUCUCCUCCUCCUCCUUCUUCUUCUUCUUCUUCUUCUUCUUCUUCUUCUUCUUCUUCUUGUUAUGACCAACCCAAAAAAUCAUCUCAACAAACUGGCUAGUCUCUCUCUUUUUUUUUGGGGGGGGGGACGGGGAGCACG